AUGGCGCACUCAACACUGGCGAUCCAAGAAUACUGCGACGCGGCAAGCAACUUCCUUCGCAAAGUAAAACUGCGAUUCAUAUCCAGGCCGGACGUCUACGAGGGGCUUACAGACGUUCUCAGGGGGUACGGCAAGAACGACGACGCCCCCGCCUCCUCGACGGUGGACUCCGUGGCGAAGCUCCUCCGCCACCAGCCUGACCUCAUCGCGGAUUUCAACGCCUUUCUGCCUCCGGAUUACCAGAUAAAGGUCGCGCACGAUAAUUAUGCCACUGCAACAAAGCCCGGCGGAAGUAGAGAUGAACGAAAGCCCGGCGGCAGCAGAGAUGGACGACAACGACGCGUGGCCGGUGCCGACGUCGAGUUGGAGCUCAAGGCCCACCGGCUCUUGAUGCGGCUGGAGGUGGAGGAUGGAGAGCUUUACAACCGACUCACGGGCACGCUUAGCGACGUGCACAAGAAGAGUUGGUUGAACGCUCAUGAAGUCUACACAGAGCUCGAGCAAGUGUUUGGUCCAGCAGGACGUCGAGACUUGCUCCAACUCUUCUCCCAGUUUCUCCCAAACAGCCCGCCGUCACACUUUGCAGAAGAGAGGCUGGAGCAAGAUCACCGCCCGUCGUCGAAGCGCAAGCGCGCCGCCUCUCCAUGCGCGGUCACAGCAGACGCUGUUGUAAAGCCAAGCAGGGCCAAGAAGCCCCGCGCCGCCAACCCCCUCCAGAUCAGCCCACACGCCAAUGGCGAUGUCUUCGCCAAGCCCAUCAAAACCAAGAAACCCCAUGCCACCGUCGACCUCCAGGACGGCGAGGACGAUGACUCAUGCUGGCACGUCGCUACUAACAACCCGCACGAUGCCGCCGUCCCGUUCGGGAAGAUGCUUAAGUUCUUCCACAGGUACUCGAAUCUAGUGGCCACAAUGAAGCGCGCCGAAGAGCUCGAGAGAACGCAACACCCUCAGGGCGCCUUCGAGGUUCUCUUCCCUGAUCGCGAGUGCCACCAAAUUCUCGCGGAGCUGUACGGUGACGGCUGGAGGACGAUGCAGGUAGCGCUCGAGGACGGAGAGCGCGUGGACGUAACGCUGGCGAUGAUACUUCUCCGUCUCAAAGCGAAGGAAGAUGCCACCGUGGAGGUAGCAUGGGCCCGGCGGGAUAAAUCCCGCUACCCAUGA